AUGAGAGAAGAUCUUAUACAAUCGGCCGUAUCGUUCCUCACCGAUCCUAAAGUCCAAUCGGCGGAAUUGACAAAGAAAGUCUCCUUUUUGGAAUCCAAGGGCAUGACGUCCGAGGAGAUUGAGGAAGCCAUGUCUCGUGCUAACGGUAAAGCACCCAGUACUACUACAACAACUACUGUAGCCAGCACUGUCCCUCAAGCGGGUGCAGUAAGACAGUAUGCUCCAGCAGGCGCUGUAGCAGCACAACCCAUGGCAGGCCCACCUGUACCUGCUCGACCUUCGUAUGACUGGCGCGAUGUGUUUAUUGCCGCUGUUUUAGCCGGAGGUGCAACAUAUGGCCUGUGGACGUUGGCUAAGCGAGUGUUUGGUCCAUGGUUCAAGGUUCCCUCACAAGAUCAGCUGGAAAAGGAUAAGGAAGCACUGGACGCACAAUUCCAAGCCGUGGAAGAGUCACUGAAAGAUAUUAAGGAUCAAACCGAGGAGGCAUUGACCUCUGUCUCCACACAAUCGGAUAAGGUCAACGACUCGUUGAACAGUUUGGAAGCGGUGUUGGAAGACCUGAAGAAGGGCGACGAGGCACGCAAGACAGAAUUUAAUCAUAUGAUGGAUCGUAACAAAGAAGCACAAAACGCCGUGUUAGAAGAUUUGCAGAACGAAUUAAAAUCCCUUAAAUCGCUUAUCGUCAGUCGACGACCAGCAAUGCCUGAGCAGGCAUCAGGCGCCAAUAACACCAGCAACAGCCCUGUCGUUAACGGUCUGUCGCCAAGUUUGUCAGCAGCUUUAAAUGGCAAUAAUACCAGCAAGAGUGCCGGUAUUCCGGCUUGGCAGAUGGCCGCGACAAAGUCGGGUGACGCCCCUGCCACUUCUGCUGCCACUACC